ACGUGACGCGGAAGUAGGCUGCAUUGUUUCAGCGUGGAUGUGUUUACAAGCGUUUCGUUGUCACGUCUCCUGACAGUUCGCUGCGUAAACAAACAGUGAGCAGUUGUUGUCUUAUGAUCUUUACGCAUUUUUGAUCCGAUUUCUGCGCCGCAAUGUGCGCCGUUUCCUCUAUUUUAGCGGGCCCAGCUCUCUGCCAGCGAAGUGCAGGCAGGUUAAAGGUACUACUCUAAAAAAUAGGCGGAAAAUUGCGCGCAAACAUCCAAUUAUUCCUAGAAAUAAAGCUCGUAGCGCCUUCCCAAGAAUCCUGGUGCGUUUUUCCAAGUUGUGGCACAACUCUGGCGGCCUCUAAACACCUUUCGGUAACGACUACAUCUGAGUGAAGUGACGAUGAGGCAGGAAACUGCGGUUGUUAACGUCCCGACGCACUUCAUUUCCAACCACGAAGGCUUCCUCGGAAGUAUCAAAAACGUGACGGAAGAUUUUGUGGUGACCGAGAUCGAUAUUCACGGACAGAACGUGAACACAGCAGCAUCCGGUCACACACCCGGCGGAGCCUGUAACGAUGAGAGCAAAAGCGGCGCAGAGCUGAAGGACAGCAGCCAUUCCUCUGGGUCACAUGACCCCGCCGUGUCCUCAGAGUGGGGGGUGGACAUCCCACUGCCCACCUUUGAGAGUUUUGACCUGGAUGUCAUUUUAGGUCAGUCGGUCAGUGAAGAGCUGGAGCAGUUCGUGUUGACUCUCAGAGACAAAAAGCCGGCCGAGCUGGAGCUUUCUCUGGGGUUCUUUACGGACAAACACCAGAGGGCCAACGUCCACCGGGCGGUCAGGCACCGCUUCCCCUUCCUCAUGACGGUCACCAUCCAGCCGGAGAUCAGGGUCAGGGAGGACCCGGAUUACAGGGAGCUCUCCCGGCUGGUUAAGGACGAUGAGGCGGAGGACUUCUUCAGGUUUAUAGACGCCAAAGUGCGCGGCUCCUCGUACACGUUCGGACCCGACGACAACAAAGAGCACAGGACGGCCGUCCACCACUUCCUCAACCGACGGUUCGGGAAACUGGUGGAGACCAAAAGCUUCAGCGACCAGGGGAGGACGUCCAUCUCGGUCAGGCUGAGAGAACACGGGAGGCCGAAGAAAAGAACAGCGGAGGAACGCCGGGAUGAGGACAUCUACACUGCAUUCACGCUGUGUAAGGAGAACCUGGAGACUCUGGAGGCCAUCAGCUACAUGGCAGCCGCUCUGGGGGUCCUUCCCUCAGAUUUCACCUACGCCGGGAUCAAGGAUAAGAGAGCCAUCACCUACCAGGCCAUGGUGGUCAAGAAGGUCUCCCCCCAACGGUUCAAGGAGAAGACGGCAGAGUUUGAGAAGAGGGGGAUGCGCGUGUCCCAGGUCCGAUCGGUCAGCGAGCCCCUCCGGCUGGGCCGGCUGCAGGGGAAUCACUUCGACCUGGUGGUCCGCAACGUCCGGCCUCACGGGGCGCCUGACGCCCAGCCCAGGGGGGCGGAUGUGCACCCCCACCUGGCCGCACUCGUAAAAGAAGCAGUGGAGAACGUAAAGACAAAAGGAUUUGUCAACUACUACGGACCACAGAGGUUUGGCAGCGGGCAGAGCGUUCACUCGGAUCGAGUGGGACUGGCUCUGCUAAAAGAGGACAUGGUAGGAGCUGUUCGUCUCUUCUUCACUCCAGAAGACGGAGAUGAACCUCAGAGUCAAGCAAAGAGGCACUUUGUCCAAACAGAUAACGCUAAAGAGUCUCUGGUGUUGAUGCCACUGUCCAAGCCCAGAGAGAGGCUCAUGCUUCGGGCCCUGAACCGCUACGGUACUGGUCCAGACGGCUGUGUCCAGGCCUGGCUCAGCCUGCCCCACAGCAUGAGGGUCUUCUAUCCUCAUGCCUACUGUAGCAGAGUUUGGAAUGAGGCCGUGGCACACAGGCUGGCCACGCUGGGACAUAAUGUCAGAAAAGGAGAUUUGGUUUGGAUGCAAAUGGGACAAAAUGAAAUAGAGGACACUGCAGAAACCAGCUCCCCUCAGAUCCAUGUGGUUACAGAUCAGGAGGAGCAAGCAGGAGUCUACGCACUGGAACAAGUGGUACUCCCAAUGCCGGGCAACACCGUGAAAUAUCCAGAAAAUGCCAUGGGGCCGUGGUACCAGGAGAGACUGGCCAGAGAUGGCCUGGCUGACUGCCGCUUCAGAGUCAGCAGCCUGAAACUGAACCUGCCCGGCUGCUACCGCCCCGUCCUGGCCGUCCCACACAAGCUCCGGUACCAGCUGAGGCAGGGCUCGGACUCCGACUCGCUCACCUUAAACUUUGACCUGGACUCCUCCUGCUACGCCACCAUAUGCCUCAGAGAGAUCAUGAAGUGUGACCCUUGAAACGGAUGAAUUUUUGUGUUUUUCUACUCUCAUCGUCAGUGGCCGUGGUGCAUCCUAGUAUUGGUUUGUUGUUGUUGUGAGCAGAAGAGUGUCAAACGAAAAAAUAAGAAAAAAGAAGGUGCAGUUAAUAAAGCCUAUAGUUCAAGGAAGCUGCUGUUUAAUGUGAACAGGUUCAAGUCCAGCAGUAUGUAAACCGUAUCAUUUUUGUGCUGCUAAUAAAAAUGUUGAGUAACCACCAUCAUUAAAUUCAUUUUAAAUCUUCCUCAC